UGGGAGCUGUAGUCCCAGGAAAGGCUGCCUCUCCUCUCCCUGCUGUGGGCGGGCGGAGUGGUGCGCGGCUUGCCGGGCGUGAAAGCGAGCGAGCGAGCGAACGGGGGUCCCUGAGGAAGGGGAGUGGGUGGAAGAGAGAGAGAAAGAAGGUCGCAGCCCCUCCUCCGGCGCGCUUCACGUCCACACCAGGGGGAAGCCGAGAGGGAGGCGGGCGGCGUUCGAAGGCAGGGGGCGCGGUUGCUGAGGGGACAAGAACGGCGAGCCGCGGCACACACGCACACACACCCCUCGAAGAUGGCGGCGGAGGGGCUCCCUCUUCCUCCCUUGCCCCAGCAGUUCUGCGUGGCUGAGGAACGGAGCGGCCAUUGCGCCGUGGUGGACGGGGACUGCCUUUAUGUGUGGGGAGGUUACGUGUCAAUUGAAGAGAAUGAAGUUUACUUGCCUAAUGAUGAGCUUUGGAUCUAUGAGAUGGAGAGUGGAUUGUGGUCGAUGCACCUCAUGGAAGGGGACUUGCCUCCAUCUAUGUCUGGAAGUUGCGGGUCUUGCCUUAAUGGGACGCUAUACCUCUUUGGAGGAUUUGACGACAAAGGAUACAGCAAUCGGCUCUAUUAUGUUAAUUUGCGGUCAAGAAAUGGAACCUAUUUGUGGAAAAAAAUCACAGACUUUAAAGGUCAGCCUCCUACACCACGUGACAAACUUGCCUGCUGGGUGUAUAUGGACAGGCUAAUCUAUUUUGGUGGAUAUGGCUGCAGGAAACAAAGCGAACUGAGCGAAUGUUUUGACGUACACGAUGCAUUUUGGGAAGGUCAGAUAUUCUGGGGGUGGCACAAUGAUGUCCACGUUUUUGAUACAACGACUCGAACGUGGUAUCAGCCCACAAUUAAACAUGGACUUCCCCCUCAGCCUCGAGCAGCCCAUUCAUGCGCAGUCCUAGGAAACAGAGGCUACGUAUUUGGAGGACGGGUUUUGCAAACAAGAAUGAACGAUUUACAUUCUCUGAAUUUAGACACCUGGGCUUGGUCGGGAAAAAUUUGUACAAAUGGAGAAAAACCAAGAGACAGAUCGUGGCACACUUUGACACCUAUCACAGAUGACAGGCUUUUCCUCUUUGGCGGGCUGAGUUCAGACAAUGUGCCCUUAAGUGAUGGCUGGAUUUAUGUCGUUACGACAAACAAAUGGGAACAACUUGCUUACUUACCGAAAAAUAUACCGAGGUUAUGGCACACUGCCUGUCUUGGUAAGGAAGGCGAAGUGAUGAUUUUUGGAGGAAGUAAAGAUGACUUGCAUUUCAUGGACACGGGACAUUGCAGUGAUUUGCUGAUUUUUCAGACACAACCUUAUUCCCUUCUCAGACUGACUCUGGAUUGCAUCGGUAAAAAUUCUGUGCUCUUGAGAGAUCAAAUAUCCUGGUUGCCAUCUCGACUUCGGGAGAACACGGUGACUAAAAUAACGUUUUGGUCCGCCGUUAACCAUCGCCAAGAAAGAAAAGCCAAAGCAGAAGAGCAAGAGCGGCUUCGUGUCUCCUAGCCAGGGAUUUACCAUGGAGCUCAGAGGAUGGUUGAGACAGUUUCAAAAUGUUAAGCCGUCGGCUGUUGGAUGGUUGGAUGGCCUGAAUGUCUAAGGUUAGGGUCAGGUCGGGAGACCUAGAGAUGUGCUCAGAUUUCUUGAGACAUAAGAAGCAAUUGCAGAUGUUAUCCACAUUGUAAGAGUUCCACUUUGGGGCAGUGAAUGUUAAGAGCUCGGCAACUUUAUUCUGUGACUGAGGCAAUACAGAAGAAACAGUUGAUUCAGUUAGUAGUAUUAAAAAAGCUAAAUUGGCUAAUGAUGCUUGGUACCAUCACGAUUUAUUUUGGUUGUAUUCCUGUGUAUGUUUCUGCCAUUGUCUGAA